UUGGCGUUCCACGUGGAGGCGGAGCGACGUCGCGCGUCGGGAUGCCGAACCGAUGAGGGGGCGUCCAACCCCCGAGAUGCCUGGUGGGGAGCCAUGGCAAACGCAGUCCCCGACGGAUCACCGAGACGGUGCAACGCGUUCCGCUGGCUCCGUUCGGUACGGACGAGUCCUUUGCCACGUGACUGUCAUCAGAAAUCGCACUGACUCGAAGACGAUCGAUUGGAUUUCCGUGACGAACGGAGGAGAUUCGGAGGAGAGUUUUUCAGUCUUAAGACACUUUCACAGGAAAUCCUUCCGGUUGACCUCGGAAAUCAGAAUCUUAUGAGAAAACGAGGAUAGGAUCACAUGACUAUGACGGGACAAGGUGAAAGGACUGUUGAGUCCGCGAGAUCGGUCGCGAGGUUCUAAAGUGUAUCAUAAAGAAUUCGUAACUGGCGUUUGCGCGAUUGUUUCGUAGUUGGACACGUGAUUCUCGCAGGGGUGGCGCACCCCCCAAGGUCGUCGUGAAUGGUGCUGAAAGGUGAUGAACGUGUUUUCCUAAGACCGUUACGGGCGGUUCGUGAUGUUUAGCCGCUACGGGAGAUUUUAAGUGUACGGAUUAUUGGGGUUAGACUGCGUCCUGAUAAGGCAUGCUAUGUGUCAGAGCAUCGGAAACGGAGGUCCGUGUAGAAGAUGACGGGGUUAAGUAGAUAAAGGGAGCAGGCCUGGCUGCCAUCAACGACGGACGAUUCCUCGGCUCUUCUCUUUCUCACCGCAGCGCACAAUGCUCUGCCACCGCGCUCUUGUCAUUCUCAUCGCUGUCAACGUGCCAAUCGUGACGGGGCUAGAGCCAGACUUCGCUUACCCGCUGGAGAACGUAACGAUCCCGCAAGGUCGAGACGCUACCUUCACCUGCGUGGUGAACAACCUCGGUGGAUACCGGGUGAGUCCUUCCUCCUCCGCGAGCGGAGAUCACUCUGGCAACGUCAAGGGUAACGCCCGGGUGGCGUGGAUUAAAGCGGACACCAAGGCGAUCCUAGCGAUUCAUGAGCACGUGAUCACGAACAACGCCCGUCUGUCGGUGACCCACAGCGACUACAACACGUGGACGUUGAACAUUCGCAGUGCACGCCGGGAAGAUCGCGGAAUUUAUAUGUGCCAGGUCAACACGGAUCCCAUGAAGAGCCAGAGCGCGUUUUUGGAGGUGGUAAUACCGCCAGACAUCAUCUCAGAGGAAACCUCGAACGACAUGAUGGUUCCCGAGGGAGGUGCCGCGAAGCUGGUGUGCAAAGCGCGCGGUUAUCCCAAGCCUGACAUCGUGUGGAAGCGAGAAGACGGUGCCGAAAUCAUUUCGCGUUCCGGUCCUGGCAAGACAAAAAUACCCAGUGCAGAGGGCGAAGUGCUGACUUUGUCGAAAGUAACGAGAGGCGAGAUGGGCGCCUACCUGUGCAUCGCCAGCAAUGGAGUGCCUCCGUCAGUCAGCAAACGAAUGAUGCUGCACGUGCAUUUUCAUCCGAUGGUCCAGGUACCGAACCAGCUGGUCGGAGCUCCGAUCGGAACUAACGUCACGUUGGUCUGCCAUGUGGAAGCGUCACCUAAGGCCAUUAAUUAUUGGACCCGAGAAACUGACGAAAUGAUAAUCACUAACAGCAAGUACGCGAUGUCCGAGGUGAAAACGUCAGUGUACAGCGUGCAGAUGCGACUGGUUAUCAUGAACCUGCAAAAGCACGAUCUGGGUGGCUACAAGUGCAUCUCAAAAAACUCCAUUGGCGACGCUGAGGGGAACAUCCGACUUUACGACAUGGAGCUACCUAAACAUUCCAGAAAGGGCAGUGACCGGCGAUCAGAGGAUGACGCGGGCGAUUCGAUUGGUGAUCGCGAUCACAGAUUGAACCACGCGCAUCAAGGAUCCCUGAGGGAAACAGGAUCGACUCUGGAACCAGCCUUCGACGCGGACGACAAUUCAGCGUCUACAACGUCGAGAGACAACGCGCCGCCGGCGACGAUCGGCAUCGUCCUGAUCAUGCUGCACCACUUGGUCGCUUCGACGUAAGAUAGACGUAACCUAUUUGCCCUUAAACGCAAACUACGUUUACCACGAGCUCGAUUCGCUAACCUAAGGAAACUCCGAGAUAGCGGCAGAGUAGCUCCGUCGCCUCGCGUUCUCGGCAAUCCACGACAUUAUUAUUGUCGAAUCUCAUCGAUAUCAUGUCAACCCUGACGGAAAAUUAAUCAUGAUAUUUUAAACGGAAGCGAUUACUGUGCUGAAUGAUACAUUCGUAAAUGUAAUAAGGCUCACUAAACCGUUAAACAAAAUUCUUCUGCAGAAAUCGGAAGGUAAAUUGACGGACAUCUCGACUAUUAUUUUAAUCCUUUGCGUGAUAACGUUUUAUGGGUCCAAUUUUUUUUUAAUGAAAACAAUUAUGUUUUCAUUAUUUUAUUC